CGCUCGGAGGGAAACGCCCCCUUUCUCCUUGGAGAAGACCGACGGCCAUUUUACGUUCACCAGUCGUCAUUUCACAUCGCUACAGUAGGACGGAGAGCGUCAGGACUCACUUUCAUCAUAUUUCUGUGACAACUGUAGUGGAGAGAAUUUGCCUACAAUGAACUGAAACUCUUCCUGAAAUCAAAAUCCAGUAGAAUCCUAGUGAAGUGACGCAUAAGCCAGUGAUUUCAAGUGUCGAGUUGUAAUUUUUUUGCACCUCAAUGUAGCUAGAGGAAAUGGCUGUGGAAAGCAUGACUGUGCAUCCAAACUCCCCAACUACCAACCACGAACACAACAGUCUCCUGACUGACGAAAGGCCAGAGGAUGGAGAACUGGAGGAAGGUGAGCUGGAAGAUGAUGGGGGAGAAGUUGAGGUGGAGGAAAUAGGUGGAGGUGCAUCCACAGCAGCAGCAGCAGCAGCAGCAGGAGGAGGCGUUGGAGAUGGGGGUGAUGAAGCAGGUGGAGGAGGUGAGCCAGGAGGGGAAGGGGCCGUGGAGAAGCCUCGGGGAAGUAAGGAGCGCCACGCCAGUAGCGAAUCUGACGAAGAGCGAUCGCACCGUCGCAAGAGGAAGAGGAAGAAAGAGAGGGAGCGCGAAAGGGAGAAGAGGAGGGCUAAAAAGAAGCGCAAAUCCAAACACAAACGUCAUGCAUCCUCUGAUGAUGACCACUCAGACUUCAGUGAGGACUCAGACUACAGUCCCAGUGAGAAGAGGAAGUACAGAGAGUACAGUCCUCAGUACCCCCCUCCUACUCAUGGAGGCUACAGUGGCUCAAAGAAGGGCAGCUACAUGAAGAUGGAAAAGCCGACCUACGGAGGUUACGAGGAAUAUGAAGAAGAGAACUAUGAGGGAGAGGAAGAAGAGGAAAUAGGGGAAGAAGGCUAUGACGACUUCACGAAGGAACUCAACCAGUACCGCAAGGCUAAGGAAGGAGGAGGUGGUCGCGGACGAGGGGGCAGAGGUCGUAUGAGAGGCCUGAGAGGCCGUGGAGGAAUGAGGGGAGGAAGGAGGGGUAGAGGAGUAGGAGUAGGAGGCGGCGGCGGCAGAGGAAGAGGAGGUGGAGGAGGAGGAGGAGGAGGACGAGGUGUAAAGAUGGGAGGAGACAAUGAUGAAGGAGAUGGCUAUGGAGAAGAGAUGGAGAAUCAAACCAGUGGAACCUUUCAACUGUCCUCACAGUAUGGAGAAGAUGAUUAUGACAACAUGGGGGAGGAAGACUAUGAUGACUACUCAAAAGAAUUCAAUCCGUACAAGAAGUCCAAAGACAGAGGCAGAGGUGGGUUUCCAGGAGGUAAAGGAGGCCGUGGGCGAGGCAGAGGUAAAGGAGGACGGGGAAUGAUCAGAGGAGGAAAAGGUCGAAACAGAGGGAGAGGGAGAGGAGACAUGGGGAAUGAUGACGACAAUGACAUGGACAAUGGGGAUGGAUGUGGAGGUGAUGGUCCUGGAUUAGGAAGGAGGAAUCUGAAUGACAAACACCAGGAUAAGAAAGGAAAGGCCAUCUGCAAGUACUACAUUGAGGGGAGAUGCACCUGGGGGGACCACUGCAACUUCAGCCAUGACAUAGAACUGCCGAAGAAGAAGGAGCUGUGCAAGUUCUACAUUACUGGAUUCUGUGCUCGAGCUGACCACUGCCCUUACAUGCAUGGUGAAUUCCCCUGCAAGUUGUUCCACACCACAGGUAACUGUGUCAAUGGCGACGAGUGUAUGUUUUCACAUGAUGCCCUCAGUGACGACACUCAGGAGCUGCUUAACAAGAUGCUGGCAGAGGAUGCCGAGGCAGGAGCUGAGGAUGAGAAGGAGGUGGAGGAACUCAAGAAGCAGGGAAUCAAUCCUCUCCCCAAACCCCCUCCUGGAGUGGGCCUCCUCCCCACACCUCCUCGGCCUGUUCCCCUAGACUCAAACACAGGGCCAGGGGAUUUUUCUGGGCCACCACCCGGAGACUUUGGGGGUCCUCCUGGACCUAACCAAGGACCCCCAGGACCACCACCGGGACAAGGGCCUGUCCCUAUGCCCAAUCCCUGUGCUGGUCCCCCUGAAUUUUGCCCUGAUGGAAAUCCUUUCCAAGGCAUGCCCAUGAAUCCUAACAUCCCUCCGCCCCAUAUGGGCCCCCCACCUCCCUGUUCUGGAGGGGGAGGUGGUGGAGGUAGGAAAAUCCCCUCAUUGUUCGAUCUUAAAGUUCAGCCGACGGGACAGCUGGCUCACAAACUGGCUGUCAGGAGCCAGACUCCCAGUGGCAGCCAGGGUCAGACCACAGCACCUGGACCUCAAGGGGCACCUGGUACCAGCCCAAUCUGCUUUCCUGCUCCUCAAGGCAUGAUGUCCCCUGACAUGCAGAACAUGGGCCCCAACCUUGGGAUGAACCAAGGGCCCCCAAACAUGGGCCCUGGUGGACCGCCCAUGAUGGGAGGAUUUCCAUCUGGUGACGGUCCUCCAUUCGGCGGUCCUAUGCCCCCAGGUCCGCCUCAGGGUGGAGGAAACUACUACCAUAACUUCCUCAAUCAGCAGGAGGGUAGGCCAAUGGAGGGAGUGAUCCAAGAAGGUGACAACUUUCAGGUUUUCUCCGGCAUGGACGAGAGAGGAGGAGGAGGGACAUUUGGUAACCAGUCAGGUGGUCAAGAUGGCUCCGCAAAUGGAACGUCAGCCAAUCAGGGAGGGAUGUCUGUUCCUGACUUCCUGCCUCCAGCACAACGUGUCCUGUUUAUGAGGAUCCAACAGAAGCAGCAGGAAGAAGAGGAACGAGCCCGCAGAAUGGCAGAGGGAGGAGCAGAGAAGAGUAGAGACGCUGAAGGUGAUUCAGGGAACUGGUACUCCAGUGAGGAUGAGGAUGGCGGUAGUAGUGUGACCUCAAUCUUGAAGACACUCCGCCAGCAGACCCAGGCUCCUCAAAAAGCUGAAGGCCCCCUGAUUGACCCCCGCCUGCAGAAGACCUCCCCUGCCCACCCUCCAGCUCGCCCAGCAGACCCCCGCUUGUUCCGGGACCCACGCCUGGCACGUAAUGCAGAGUCUUCCUCCGAUUCCGUGCCCACUCCAUCUGUCGCCGGACCGCCAGCAGACCCCAGGUUAGCUCGACUAACUGCUGCUGCCUCAACUGGACCCACAUCCCACCCACCACCAACCACUAAACAAGAGCCUCCUCUGGUCUACAAGCCCCCCCCACUUACGACCCCGGCAGUGGAAGAGGAGGAGACGGAGCGGGUUCUACGGGACAAGCCAGUACCAAUUCCUCUGGACCCACUCAUGGGUAUGGCUCUAAGGGAUCCGCGCUCUCAACUACAGCAGUUCAGCCACAUCAAGAAGGAUAUUGUUCUCCACAUGCCAGCUUUUUCUAAAACCAUCACUUGGUCACCUGAAGAUCUCCUUCCAAUCCCUAUCCCCAAGCAGGACCUCCUGCCUCUUCCACCAGGCAUCCCUCCUGUGUCCUCUCUGGACCCCCGUCUGUCCCGUGCUCAGCAGCAGCUCCACACAUCGCUUCCUCACUCACAGCCUCCUCCUGUACAGUCGCCUCCCUCCUCGGACCCACCUGCUUCCUCCUCCUCCACCUCCUCCAUCCCAGACUUUGAGCUCCUGUCUCGCAUCCUGAAAUCGGUCAACUCCAGCCCAUCGCAGAACUCCCCUCCUCUCUUACCCACCUCUUCUGCCCCGAUGUCACUGCUGAGUCCAGCUCCCACCAUGCCUCUUGCGCCUCCAGAGAAGCCCGCUGACCCCCGUGUGGCUCGUAAGGGCUUGUCAGACCCGCGCCUCCAGCCUCAGAAGUCAGCACUGAAGCAGCCGCCAGAACCCACACCAGCUCCUGUCUCAUCUACAACUCCAGCAACAACAUCUAGCUCACCUCCCCCUACCACUGCCCCCUAUGAUCCAAGGCUGCUUUCUUCAGGUGGGGCAGGGCGCGGUGUGGGGGCUGGGGCAGCAGGGGGAGCCAAUAUGCUGAGCAACAUCAGUCUGUAUGACCCAAGGACUAACAAACCAGGCAGCCCUGGUACUAGCAGUGGCUCCAACAACUCUCCCAACUCAGCCAACACAGAUUCCAAACUCAGUGACACCACAAUGGCUAAACCCAAGUCCAAGGAGCCCCUUUUUGUUAGGAAGUCUGCGUUGGACCAACCAGAGCCAGAGAAAAGUGGAGAACAAGGAACAGAUAGAUACAAUAGUUAUAAUAGGCCCCGGCCAAAGCCUGCACCCUCGCCUAACUCCACGUCCCAGGGAGCAGCCACUGCAGCCGGUGCUGCUGCAACCGGAGGUCAGGGUGCUCCUGGAGCUGCUGCAGACCAGGGGCCUGCAGGCGUCCACAACCUACCAGUGUCCUCUCUCUUUGGCGGAUUGAAACAGGCAACCAAGCCUGGUGGUGGGACUGGCAGCCCUUUCGGAGGUAACAGCCCGGCGCAGCCCGACCAGGCGGCCAUAGACCAGGAAAACGCCUCACUGAAAGACGUUUUCAAAGGCUUUGAUCCCACAGCCUCACCGUUCUGCCAGUGACCUUUUGACCCUGGAACCAUGAAAGCAUCACUUGGUUGGCCUCUUUUAACAUUUUGGACACUGAGCAGAUUAGUGAAAAGGAGAGAAAAGCGCACUGAGGCAUCUGCCUGUAAGACUGGUUGAGACAAAUGUUGAACAAACUGAUGUUCAUCGUGUACACACACAAAUGCUUUAUCACAGCGUGGAUUCAGAUUCUAUAAAAGACUCUUGGGAGGGUUUAAAAGUGAAUCUCUAAAUCUCUAUUUUAAACAAAGUUAUUGAUGUAGAAAUAAAUGUAUUCAUCUCAAUGCUUAAUGAAAAUAGUUAUUCAGACAGCAGCAAAUACACAUUUAUAUCUCAUCUCAUUAUUCCCUUUCCAUUUCAGUUGUUCAGCUUCAUUUUUUGCAAAUCUUCUAAUCUAUGAACGGUUUGAUAUACAUGUGUGUAUAUUGGGCAGUUGAAGUUGGCCGUGCUCCUGGCAGUUUUCUUCUCAGAGUUAGUUUUGUUGUUAUUAACAACAGCACUGAGGCAACUUCUCAAGUCCUGUUGCUGAAACAUAUUGUUUGCUACAUCACUGCCUUUGCAUUUACUGUCCUCUUUACUCCUUUUGGAAACUGUUGUCAAACAGAAGCUUAUAUUUUGUCAGUUUGAUUCACCAUGUCACAUUUUUUGCAGAAACGCUCGCUACUAAGUACUUAAACUUAAAUCUAUAUUCUGCUUGAUUUUUUUUUUUAGUAUUUAUUUUUCUACUUCUUUGCACUGUCGGUUUAUGUCCUCUGAGGGUUGUAUUAAUAUUUUUAAUGUCUGUAUCUCCUCCAGCUGUUCACACACGGUUUCAUAUCAGGUAUUUAGCAAUUGCCCCAAAACAAGCAACUUUGGUGUUUAAAGGAAGUGAACCUGUGACCUUUCAGCACUGCCUCUCUACGCCACUACACCACUGUUGUCUGUUCCCUCCACCUUCAUUUACUUUUUGUAUUUAAUCAGUGAAAUCGAGUUUGCAGUUCAUAAAUAUAAGCUUCUGUGGCCUUAAGGUAGCGGACAUGGAUAUUAAAUCUUGCUUCUCAGACUCCAGACGUACACAUCAUCCUGUACCUCCUCAUCUCUGCUGGCUGAUGGUCAGCCAAGUCUUCAGUGAUCUUGUAGGGACAUUAAACAAUUUUCGGUUUUAUUUCUCCUCUUUGCUGAAAAGAUAAUGUCUCCCAAAGGCUCCACCUGUAAUAACCGAUCUUUAUGUGUUUUCACCUUGAUCAGAAUAGGACACCUUGAUUCGCUAAUUCUAAAAUCAUUUAGUUUUAACUUUUUGUUGUUAAUAAUGGAAAGGAAUCCCACAGGGCGUGCUGCACAUUUCUGAAGGGUUGGAAAAAAAUUGCAGCGUUUCAGCGUCAAUUUACAAGCUUUGGUUCCAGUGGUUAGUGACAAUGUGACAAUCACAAACUAGACUUGGACCUAAAAUCCAAUGAAUGCAAGAACAUUGCAUUCAUCUGCAGGUGCUCCCUCUUCUGUCAGUCUGAACAGUUAACACAACUCAACAUGUUUUCUCUCAGACUUGCAGUAGAAGUGCACGCUUCAUGGUGGAAAUGUUCAAAGUUAGGAUGAGUGAUUUAAUCUUAACUCCUGAACUUCCCUGACUAGUUUCUGCCUUAUACCAUAAACCGUUUAAGUCAGAUGAGAGUGCAGCAUCUGAAUCAGGGUGAGGUUAAGUUCCAUUUUUUGCCUGAUGAGCCACAGAUUUCAUCGUCGGGCUUCUCUGAAAAUCAAGUCACUAUAGCGGAGCAGCAAGAAUAUUUGACUUCUUGAAGGAAAGGGUUGUGUAGCAGCUGUCAGGAUCGUCGUCGACUGUCGUGUAUAAAUGUUGAUCAUUUUAAUUUAUUUUUUUAUACUCUGGUAACUAUACUUCCUCACUUGUCGUUUUUGAACUGAAUCGUUUUAUAUAUCAGGAUAAUGAAAGUACCACUCACCUCAGUGGGAUGCAGGCAACCUGCCACAGUGUGAAGAGAGGAGGAUUUUUUUUUUAUUUGGUUUUGACUCAAACUAACAAAAUAUUCACUAUUGGCUCUUUCCUCCCGGCUCUUACGCGGCUGAGUGUCAGCUAUAACAAGUGUGAAAGUUAAAGUUGAUUUGAUCUUUUAUUGCUUUGUUGUUUUGUAAAUUUCAUGUUCCUUUUUUCUUGCAAUGUAAAUUUGACCAGUAUCCUGUCUUUGGAGGAGUGGAGUUUUCUAACUGUACACUGUAGGUGAGGAUGUCAAAGUAUUUAAAUAAAGUUGAUACAUGAUCAACCAGUUAUAA